UUGUCCCCCUUGCUGUUUUUUUGACGCUGCUAAUAGCAGUUUUGCAGUACGCGUAUAGUUAAUGUGAAACAGAUAUAUCUCACGGCCAUCCUUAUUUAAAAGUAGGAGUGAGCAAGAUGGAAUUAGUAUUGUUCAGAUAUUUUGCACGCAGCUAGCAGCUGCGACGCGUAUUUAGUUAUUUUAAGUUUUCCGCGUACGCGUGUAUUGUAAAAUGGAGGGAGCUGUGACAAUUUCCAACAAUCUACACAAACCAGAAAAUCGAGAAAAAGCAAAGAAUCGUAAAUCAAAUAGUGAUAUAGAAGUGAAAAUAAAUUCCAUGAAAUUAAUUCGUUUGGUGCGGUCUCAAGAGGUUCUUUACAAUAGUUUUGCGGAAGGCUACAGUGAUAAGAACCACAAAGAAAUUAUAUGGGAGCGCCUUUAUAGAUCAUUGUUCCCAUUUUAUGACACAUACAAAGCAGAGCAUCAGGACGUUAUUCGAGCGAAUGUACGCCGUCGAUGGAAAACUCUGCGCGACUCCAUUUCGCGCGAGGUCAAAAAGAAUGCCACCGUUGAAAAUUAUGCACGAAAGAAGGAGAGCCCAAUUAUUUCCGAACUAGAGUUCUUGAUACCUCAUAUCAAAAGCGCACAUUGCGCAAAGUUGGCUGAUGAGUUGGGGCUGCGGGAAUGUUACAACACCACAAUACCGGCGGACAUUGAGGUACAAGAGGAUGAAGAUAGUCUAAGCGACCUGAUAGACUUGACUGAAGAGUGCGAUAUUAAACCCUUUAUUAAGCAAGAUGGAUUCGAGUACGAUGAAAUGGACACUUUGGACGAUACCUUUCCACAUGAAUCCCUCUCUAUCGAAAUCAAUGGCGAUGUCACAAAUGGUCUCACAAAUGGUAUUGAUGUAGUACCAGCCAAGGAAACAGAUGACACGGCUGAAUCCACAUGGAAUGCGGAAUUCUGCACAGUGGCACAAUAUAAAGGAGGUGAAUUCAUUAACCCCGUUGAGUUGGUUGCAGAGCAAGAAAAUGGAGGGAAUGGAGAAUGUGAAGAAACGGCAGAACGAGAGAGGGAACGGGAAAGCGAAGCAGAAGCAGAGAAGUCAUCACCAAUACCCGCUAACACCACUAGUCCCGCCGAACCUGCAAAUAAACGGCCGCGUUACCAUCUGGAAGAGUCAUCUAAAGAAUUACAAGCCAAAAUACUUCAAUUGCUGAGCAGUCUGGAGCAUCGCGAACGUAGUGAUCAUGAGGGCCAAGACGAGGAUCGCAUGUUUCUGUUAUCUCUUGUGUCCGAUUUAAAGAGAGUGCCUGCAGCGAAAAAAAUGACUGUUAAAAUGGAAAUAGUAACGGCCAUUGCACGAGCCAAUGAAUGUCAAUGAAAAUUAGUUAGUUACAUAAGUUUAGGGAUCACAAUUUAUGGCCAGUGUAAUCACUUUAGCAGUGUUAUCACAUGGCCAAAUGGCUUUAUAUGCAAGGAAGUGUGUAUAGUAUAGCAACGGGAAGGUAACUUAGUCAGAUGUAUAAUUGUACAAACCACGCACUAUGGGCUAAAUUGCAUUUUUUUAAUGUAAUAUACCGGGAAGGAAUAGAGCUAGCUCUAUUUUUUUUUAUAAUUAGCGGUUGGAAUAAGGGUGAAUGGUUUUCAAAAUAUGUAUACCGUUAUCCAUUCGUCCUGAAUGCGAUUGCUUUAUAAA